GAUAUGAUGAGUGAAAACAGUAAGCACACAGAGGAAGUAGCGGCAGGAGUGUAAAUAAACCAUACCACCCUUUCUAAGGAGAAACAUUAGGUUUGCGGCUACAGGGGGACGAAGAAAACGAUUGGAAAGGAUUGCUUGUUUACAAGUCGACGCCGCUGGGCCCUAAUGCCUGGGAAAGCCCGCGGCCCGACUGACGUGCUCCGAAAGGGAAAGAUCCGGAGGUUUUCAUGGUGGUGCUUAUAUUAGCGGGCCUUGCGUUGGCUUCCCGGCUGCUUCAGUUUUCCAGACUGCUGAUUUUUUUGUCUGCGGUUCGCUGCAUUAACCUGUCUUGUUCAUACUUGUCUGCAGCACAUUUUUAAAGGUUGUCCAUUGCCUACACAAAUAACACUGACUCUCAUGUUAGUUGCCGCAGCCGCUGUCAAUUUCCUUUUUCACGUAUUGCAUCCUGGAGCUUAAAAGGCUUCCCUCUCUAAGAUUUGAUUUAGAAUGGACCAAACUGAAGAACAUAAAAGGGACCAUGUUCUCCUACAUUGGUGUGUACAGGCCCAAAUCUUGCUGGAAAGAAGUCAUUGCUUUUGUAAUUUCAUGCUCCACAAGAUGCAAGGCCACAUGAGAAAAAGGGAAAGCUAAGGAUGUUGGAGCAGAACAAUGGAUUUCUCUUUCUCUUUCAUGCAAGGGAUCAUGGGAAACACAAUUCAGCAGCCACCCCAACUGAUUGACUCUGCCAACAGCCGCCAGGAUGAUAUAUUUGAUGGAAGCAGUGACACUGGUGAGGAUGGUGGACAAACACCUUAUGAAACUGCUUUGCAGCCGACUUUUCAAUAUCCCUCACCUACAAAUGAGGAACUAUCACCAGUCACCAAUGGGUAUUCUGCAGCAAUUAAUGCGUAUGAACCACAAACCAAAUAUUCAUCAUAUAGUUUGUGUCCUAAUGGGUCAGCUAAUGGCCUUGGAGCUAUCCGAAACAUUAACUUACCUAACUGUCAAGUUGAAAAGCCUAUUGUUAGGCCUCCCGACAUUCUAGAAAAAACACUAGCACUGCCAUCGCCACCACCGCCACCACCACUGCCAUCUCCUCCAGCCCCACAGCUGGGUACUCCAAAGAAGACUGGCUCCCCUGAAAUAAAACUGAAAAUUACCAAAACUAUUCAGAAUGGCAGAGAACUCUUUGAAUCAUCUUUGUGUGGAGAUCUCUUAAAUGAAGUACAGGCUCUUGAGUAUGCUAGAAAAAAACGUGAAGUGAAAAAAGAGAAAAGAAAAAAAAGCAAACAUGAUUAUGAAAGGUAUGAAGAUUACAAAUCUCGCAAAGCUCAUUAUUCUUCUAGGUCUGAGGAACGCAAAGCACACAAACUACAUAACUCUUGUAGGUCUGAGGAGUACAAAAGGCACAAAGUAUACAUUUCUUACAAGUCAGAAGACUGUAAAGCAAACAGAGUGCAUCACUCUGAAAGAUAUGUUGAGCACAAAGUACCCAAAGUGGAAGCGAGUUCAAGAGAAGAACAGAACCCACAUUCAGUACAUGAGUUAGAUGAACAGAAAUUUACCUCAGUACUUGAGUCUUCAAAGUCAGCAGAGUUGAAAAUAUAUAAAGUACUUGAAGCUUCUAGAUUAGAGGAACAAACGUGUCAAGUUAGUGAAUCUUCUAAAUUAGAGGAAGUAAAGGCUUGCAGUCCUAAUGAUGAGUUGCUUGGGUUAGAAGAAAACUUUUAUAAAGUGCGUGGAUCUUCCCGUUUAGGAAGUAUUAGAACAUAUAGAGUGCGUGGACCAUCCAGAUUAUUGGAGCAGAAAUCUGCCACAUUACACGAAUUUUCUGGGUUGGAGGAAUUGAAAACAUCUGCAUUACAUGAAUCUUCUAAAUUAGUGAAAUCAAUGUCUCCCACUCUUUCUUUAUCUACUGAACUGUUAGAUUCAAAACCAGCACUAAGAGAGUCUUCAAGACUGCUGGAAACAAAAUAUUUGCCAUCACGGGAGUCUUCUAGACUUUUGCAGGUAAAGCCUCUGCCUUCUUUGAAGUCUACUGGAGUGGUAGAUUCUAAAUAUCUGCCGUCACAGGAGUCAUCUAGACUGGUAGAGUCCAGUUCACCUACUUUGCAGGAGUCCUGUAUAAUGAUGGCAUCCAAGUCAACCCCUUCACAGGAGUCUUGUAAGUGGGAGUCCCACCAGCUGGAACUGAAAUCACCCUCAUUACAGGAGUCCAUUAAUUUAGAAGACCAGAAGUCUCCAUCAUUUUGUUUGUCUUUAAGACCAAAAGUUCGCAAAAGAUCCAAAAAUCGUAAAAUCUCAAGACAGGGAGAGCGUAAAGCAUGUGACGUAAAUAAACCUUCAAGAUCUGAAGAGCCCAAACCAAAUAAAGUACCAAAACUCGAAGAGGAAACUCAGAAACAGAUUGCUGAGCAUUCACAAUCCCGGUCAACUGGAGUGAGUGGUGGUGUCUAUUACCAAGUUGGGGAUCUUGUCUGGUCCAAAGUAGGAACGUAUCCAUGGUGGCCUUGUAUGGUGUCAUGUGAUCCACAGCUUCGAGUAUACACCAAGCUCAACACAAGAGGUGCCCGUGAAUACCACGUUCAGUUUUUUGGAAGUGUUCCAGAGAGGGCAUGGGUUCAUGAAAAAAGAACACGGGAAUAUAGAGGCCAGUCACAGUAUGAAGAAUUAGUAGCUGAAACUGCCAGACAGGCGUCCAGCCAUGCAGAGAAGCAGAAGAUUCUAAAACCAAUUCCACAGCGAGAGCGAGUUCAGUGGGAGACAGGAAUUGCCCAUGUUGAGGAGGCAUUAAAGAUGAGCAGAGAAGAACGAAUAGAACGGUACACCUUUAUAUAUGUAGACCAGGAGCCAGCAUCUGCUCCUCGGUCUGAAAAGAUCAAGCCCUCUAAACCAGAGACAGUGAAGCGCCAGUUUAGAAAAGUUUCAAGUCCUUCACCUAUGCCUUUACCAGUCCCAGAAUGUGAACUUUCACCAUCUUCUGAUUCCAUUAGUGAAGAGAUGAAGCCACACCUAACACAGGAUACAAGCAAAGAGGUGAAAGAUGUAGAAGAGGUGCCUCCUGUGAAAACUAUGUGGAAAACGGCAGCAGCUAGAAAAAUACUGCCAGCAUCAGUUUUAAUGCACCGAGUAAAUGCAGAUAAACUUUGUUGCAAUAUGUCCCCCACUGUCAGAAUUGAUCCUCUUCCCUGUCUUCAAGGAACAAGAGGUGGUGGCAGAUUUGAACAGUAUAUUUAUUCUGCAACAAAGGGAAUCAGCAUUAAAACUGAAGUCAUAAACAAAGAGUUGGACAGCAAAGUGGCCAUUUCCCCGCCUCAUGAGAAAAAUGAAAAUAGAACACCUGAGCAGACAGCUGUUCCGGAAACUGCAAAAUUUGAGUCAGCAGGGUCAACAGAAAGAAAACAGCAGAGAAGAUCUGUCAGGAGUCGUUCUGAAUCUGAGAAGACUGCUGAAACUGUUCCAAAGAAGAAAAUUAAAAAAGAGCAGGGAGAAGCUGUUUCACCUUCAGCACUUAGGACUGGAUUGCAGAAAGUAACAAGCUGGACUACUCAUACAGGAGAGUUAGUGGUCCAUGCAGAUAACAGAAUUUCAAGUCAUGGUGACUGGAAGACUCAGUGGAUUGGCAGUGGCUUUCGGAGCCUUUCACCUCUGGUACACAGACUAAGAACCGGUCCAGGUGUCAGUGAAAUUUCGGAUUCUUGUAAACCCCUAAAAAAGAGGAGUCGUGCCUCUACUGAUAUGGAAAUUUCAAGCUUGUCUUACAGAGACACAUCAGACUCGGACUCUAGGGGGCUUAAUGAUCUACAGGUUGGAUUUGAGAAGCAGGCAGACAGCCCAUCAGCCACAGCUGAUGCAGAUGUUUCGGAUGUCCAGUCUGUUGAUUCUAGUACAUCAAGACGAGGAACAGUAAGAAAGGACACAGUUUGUCAGAUUUGUGAAAGCUUUGGUGAGACUCUGGUUACCUGCGAUGGAGAGUGCUGUCAGCUUUUCCAUGCGGAAUGUUUGGGACUUAGUGCUCCACCUGAGGGAGAGUUCAUCUGUACGGAAUGUUUAAAUGGGACACAACCUUGCUUUUCAUGCAGGAUAAUUGGGACAGAUGUAAAACGCUGCUCUGUAAGUUCUUGUGGAAAGUUUUACCAUGAGGCCUGUCUUCGGAGAUAUACUUCUACUGUGUUUGAAUCCAAAGGAUUCCGCUGUCCACAACACUUCUGCAAUGCUUGUGCCGUUGAUAAGGAUUUCCAAAAAGCAAGCAAAGGUCGCAUGAUGCGUUGUUUACGUUGCCCUCUUGCCUAUCAUGCUGGAGAUGGUUGUGUGGCUGCAGGAAGCCAGCCUGUAACACCUCAUAUUAUCAUUUGUAGCAACCACUCAAAGAAAAGCAGUCAUUCUACAGCUACCAUUAACGUAGGAUUUUGUUUUGUCUGUGCUAGAGGACUCAUAGUACGGGACCAUUCAGAUCCUAUGAUCAGUUCAUUUGCCUGUAAGUCCCACUACCUACUGAGUGAAUCAAAUCGUGCUGAGCUGAUGAUGAAAUUACCUAUGAUUCCUUCUUCGUCAGCUUCCAAAAAGAAAUAUGAAAAAGGUGGCAGACUCCUCUGCUGUGACACAUGUCCAGCUGCUUUCCACCCUGCUUGUCUGAACAUGGAAAUGCCUGAUGGUAGCUGGCAUUGCAAUGAUUGUAAGUCUGGGAGAAAACUUCGUUACAAGCAGAUUGUCUGGGUCAAGCUUGGCAAUUACAGGUGGUGGCCAGCGGAGAUCUGCAAUCCACGUUCCGUACCUGUCAACAUACAAGGCCUUAGGCAUGACAUCGGUGACUUUCCUGUCUUCUUCUUUGGAUCCCAUGACUACUACUGGGUGCAUCGAGGUAGAGUCUUCCCAUAUGUUGAAGGAGACAAGAGUUUUGUUGAAGGGCAGAGUGGCAUGAACAAGGCCUUUAAGAAAGCACUUGAUGAAGCUGCCAGACGGUUUCAGGAGCUGAAAGCACAGAAAGAAAAUAAGGAAGCACUUGAGCAUGAGCGCAAUUCUAGAAAACCCCCUGCUUAUAAACAUGUUAAGACCAACAAGCCAGUAGGGAAGGUCCAAAUCCACAUUGCUGAUUUAUCAGAAAUUCCAAGAUGCAAUUGUAAACCCACACAAGAGAAGCCAUGUAGCCUGGAUUCAGAAUGCUUGAAUAGGAUGCUGCAGUACGAAUGUCACCCUCAGGUAUGUCCUGCAGGAGAACGCUGCCAGAACCAGUGCUUCACAAAAAGGCUGUAUCCAGAAACAGAAGUUAUUAAAACUGAAGGUCGGGGCUGGGGACUUCGGACAAGACAUGAUGUUAAAAAGGGUGAAUUUGUGAAUGAAUAUGUUGGUGAGCUGAUAGAUGAAGAGGAGUGUAGACUACGAAUAAAAAGAGCCCAUGAAAACAAUGUCACAAAUUUCUACUUUUUAACCAUUACCAAGGAUCGUAUCAUAGAUGCUGGCCCUAAAGGAAAUUAUUCCCGAUUCAUGAAUCACAGCUGCAAUCCGAAUUGUGAAACACAGAAGUGGACAGUGAAUGGGGAUGUCAGAGUGGGAUUGUUUGCCCUUUGUGAUAUACCUGCAGGCACAGAGCUAACAUUCAAUUACAACUUGGACUGCUUGGGAAAUGGUCGGACUGAGUGCCAUUGUCGGGCUGAUAACUGUAGUGGCUUUUUAGGUGUCAGGCCAAAGACUGCCUGUGCAACAGCCAAUGAAGAAAAGGCCAAAAAUGCAAAGCUGAAACCGAAGAGGCGCAAAGUGAAAACUGAACAGAAGCAUUUGAAUGAAGAUUAUUGUUUCCUGUGUGGAGAUGGAGGAGAGCUAGUGAUGUGCGACAAGAAAGUGUGUCCAAAAGCAUAUCAUCUUUCAUGCCUUAACCUGACCAAACCACCCUUUGGAAAAUGGGAAUGUCCUUGGCAUCAGUGUAAUGUGUGCGCCAAUCCAGCAGUUUCGGUCUGUGAAUUCUGUCCUAGUUCCUUCUGCAAGGAUCAUGAGAAAGGAGCUUUGGUAGCCUCAGCACUGGAUGGACGCCUCUGCUGCUGCGAACAUGACCCAAAGUGUCCUGUCUCAUCAGACUCUUGGCCCAAGGUGAAAUGUAAAUUGGAGCACCAGGAACAAAGUGAUGAGGCAGUGGAAUAAGUACUCACACACUGCAAUUUUGGAAAUGGUGCUUUAUUAAAUGUGCAGACGGUGGAUACAAAGAUGACUUCACAACGAAAUUAACAUUUUAUUUUUCAAAUUUUGUUGGAAGAACUGGGAAAAUAUUUCUUCUCUUGUGAAGCUGAUAAGUUAUGCCGUCUUUAACAUUUGAAUUAAUUUUUUAAACAAGUGCUUCAUAAAAGUACACAGUACUUAAAAAGACAGGGACGUGUUUACCUGCUGGCUGGUCAUUGCCGUUUAUUACCACUGUUGCAGAGAAUGAGCACUUGAGAUGCAGACUACAGAGAGAAGGGGGUUAGCUACAACAUUUUUUUUCCUUUAUUAUUUUAAAGUAUGGAGAAAUAUUUAAUGAAAUAGAUAAUGUACUACUUUCUAAACACAUUUGGAGAAUGUUAUUCUAAAGGUGAAUGUAGCAGUCUAACAUUUUUAUAGGUACCUUUGGAAAAUAUAUUUGUGUAUUUUUGUUUCACAGUUGUAGUUUAUUUUUGUAAUGGAGGAUAAGAAGCAAUGGGUGAAACAUUGACUGAGCCACUGAAACAUUAGGUUUCCAGUUCUUACUGCAUUAAAACAGACUCUUCCAUGUUACUUAUGCAGCCUGAUAACCAUGAAAAAUUGUCAUCUAAACCAAGACACUGUGUAGGGAGUAAUGUGUUCAGAGCAAACCGAUGAAGGGUUCUUAAGCUGAGGCGGUGUAUAAAAUGUGAGAGUGUAAGGAGUACACUUGGCAAUGUGUCUGUGUAGGAAUAAGUGCUUUUCAGUGGUUUUAACAUAUGUUAAGGAGGGGAGUAGCUAAACACAAAUUAGUGUUAUGGUGCUUGACUUGUCUACUUUCUGUAUUUACCUUGCCUGUGUAGACCCAUCCCCCCCCCCCCCAAAAAAAAAAUAUUGUCCAGUUUUUGAUUUUCAGAAAAGGACAAUUACAUCCUAAAGGAGAAUUUUCAUUUCAGGAACAUUACUUCUUGAGGGAAUCUAAAUUUGGUUAGAACUAGGUUGCAUACGUUAAUGCAUAAAAAAAUCAGGCUUUUGAAAAUGUUAGAGAUUUACUUUGCAGUGUUGCAAUGCACUAAGCUCAGUAUUGGCUUCUCUUUUGUACAGUAACAAAACUUUCCAUUUGUUCUCUUUUUGUGUGCAUGAGUCAGCAUUUUAGUCCCCUUCCAAUCGUUAUCUGCCAAAAUUGUGACCUCAGUGACAGUAGCUGUAUUUUUGGCUAAUCUAGCAGCUGAUAAGUAGAAUGGCACUUCCUGAAUAACUGUAUUGUUUGGUUAUAAUGUUGCUGGUUUACAGAGAAAAGCAUAGAAAUAAACAAGGUUCCCACGUGCUGUU